GGAAGGAGGAGGAAGCUAGAGAUAAGGCGAAGAAGGAAGAAGAGGAGAGAUUGUUGGCAUGAAAAAUUGAACGGGAAAAGUUUGAAGCGGCGAUGGAAGAACGAUUGGAAAAAAGGUUGGACGCCUUAGGGAUUAUGAAAGGCAAGUCGGUAGAUGCGAGUGGGGGGGAUGCUGUUAAUGAGGAGGGGCAGAGGUUGUGCAAGGAGAAUGAUGAUCUGAAACGUAAAUUAAGUGAGGCGUUGUGCCCGGCUGGGGAAGACCGCGUCUUAUAUCUGCAGAAGGAGGUCAUGGAACUGCGUCGGAAGGUUGGUGAUAAGCAAGUCAACAAGGAUGUGAUCACUGCCUUGAAGACCGAGAUCAGCGAGCUUAAGCAGUCGGCCUUCAUGAAGACCAAUUUUGAGCAAGAGAUCACAGGCUUGAGAAAGGAGGUGAGCUUACUACGUGAUCAGAAUGAGCGCGUGGUCUCUGAGGCUGGGCAGUGGAGAGAGCAAGCCUUGCGGCCAGGGAAUAAGCGGGGAAGUGUUGUGUUGCUGACACCGGAAGUCACAAAUCGUGGAUCGUCAAAACCACGUUGGACGGAUAAUGUAUGGGAAGGGGAGAAAUGGAAGGCUGAGUAUCGCAAUCUGCAGAGCUUACAUCGUUUUGCUAAUAUCGAGGCAGAGGCGCUCAAGGAGAAGCGGGCUGAGGUUGAAGCCCGUAGGAUGGAGGCGAAAAACCAGGUUAAGGUGCUGGAGGAGAAGAUGGAAAAGCUGAUGGUGAGCGGGGAGAAGGGUAACGAAGGAAAUAUUGGGGGCACAAAUCUUAAGGAGCGACUUGAAGAGGCGGCGCUUCGGUCGGCUCGAAAGGGAGUCAAAGCGAUGCCAGGAAGAACGGGUGUUAGGGCCGCGUCGUCGGCGGCACGUCUUGAGAAGGAGCCUAUUCUGAAGCAGGUCGCUACCUCGAUCAAUGACCGCACAGAGUUUAUCGAGGAACAGAAGCGGCAACUACGUAUGCUUCGCAAAGCAGGGUUGGAGCUGCUGUAUAAAGAGGAAGGUGUGAAGCUCGGUAAGUUCGAGGAUACCGUUUGCGACCUGGCUAAAGCUCGUAAUCGAAAAACCUUUGGGGACGUUGCAGGCCCAUCUAAAGGGACUAGCAACAUUCAAGAGGUAAGCGAUGAUGCUUCAAGAAGCUUCGGUGAUGCCGAGGAAGAUGAGGGAAAGUCGGUGGAGCUAUAGGAACCUUUCCCGAACGCGUCCUCGCUUUGGUCUUUUGCUGAUGAGUGCUGACAAG